AGUCAAAGUGAAAAAAUAAAAAAGUAGCUAGGUACUGUGGAAAUUCUUAAGCUGCUCAAACAAAAAAUAGUUUUGUUUUAGGAUAUGAUUAACUUAGUAAACAUAUAAUAUAAAUAAAAAUUGGAAUUUUUAAUUAUUUUUCAAAAACUAAAAAAAAAUAGAAAACUGUUAUGUCUAUGUCAUCUAUAAAUUCUGAUGAAAACGUAACAAUUUUAAACUCAAAUACAAAUGCGGAAAUGACUUCGUCUUCAACUUCCAGUACCCUUAAUCUUAAUGGAAAAUCUGACAAAAAUAAUACCAAUUCAAAAACAAAUAUGCCUACAAAUUCCAGUGAAACAACUGAACUUGGAAAAAAUAAAAAUGAAUCAACACAAAGUAAAUGUACCUCUGAUAGAAAUAAUACAAAAGCUAAAAAAUCUAUUCAUGGUACAGAAAAUUCUAAAGAGCAUGGAGGUGAAACAGCUGGCCUUUAUUUAGGUACUUCUAGUUUGAAUCCUGUAACAGCUAGUGGACCCAGUAACAAUAUUGCACUAAUUGAUAAAGAUUGGCAAGAAUUUUGUGAAAGACAUGCGAAAGCUUCUGCAUCCGAUUUUGCAAAGUCAUGUUUACAAUACACAAAUACUAAUAUGUCUAGUGAUAUUAAAGAUCAAAUAACCCAUGGAGAUUUUAUGAAGAAAUUUUUAGAAUUUUUUGAAGAACAUUUUGAAUCCGAAUAUAUACGCCGAAAGAAUAGUCAAAAACUUUCAAAUGGUGCAACAACUUUAUAUGAAGAAAACGAUUUCGUUGAGAAUACGGCUUCUCCAAAAUUAUUUCAUAAACCGUUUUUUAGAAGAAUAUCUUUUAAAGGAUUACGUAAUGGAAAGUUUCUUUCAUUUCAGGCAUUAUUUCAUAAGCAGCAAAACGAUGGCUCUGAUUUACAUUCAGAACGACAAAACAAAACUAAACUAGCAAAAAUUAUAGUUGAAUGUCGUAAAGAAGGUAUUGUCAAUUAUUUAACGCCAGAAAGUUUAGAUCAACCGUCAGGUCCUCAAAGAUGGGAAAGAUGUCGGUUAGCAUUAGUUAAAGCUGUUGGAGGUUAUAUGCUGGAAUUUUAUUCGCCUCCAAAAUCACAAAAGCCCCGAAGUGGUGUUUUUUGUUUCCUGAUAUCAGAAGCUCGUGAGGCGACCGCUUUAGAAAUGCCAGAUCAUGAAAAUACUUUUGUUUUAAAAGCUGAUAAUAAUAUGGAAUAUGUUAUUGAAACACAUGAUUCCGAUGACAUGCGAAGCUGGCUAGCAACUAUACGAUAUUGUAUGCGUAGCUUACCAACACAGCAACCAGUUCCUGUGGAUAAUGCCAUUGAAGCACAAUCUACUUUACAUAAUAAUAAUGAGCACUAUAAUUCCCGUCCACAGACCCUUUCUACAAAUGAUGUAUUUCCCAGUUCAACCACUCAAUCUGCAACAUUGAAAUCAAAUUCAGCUGCAUCGACAACACUCAGUGAUGUAAAUAAUGUUAACUCAGAAGUUUCGCAGUGGCCAGUAAAUUCUGUUGGAGCAAAUGAUUCGGAACAACGAUUGUCAGUUUCAAGUGCUUUUGAUUUAUGUGAGAAUGAUGUAGACAGCGACCACAAUAUUGGAGAUCUCGUGGCGCUGAUGCGAGAAUAUCCUUGGUUUCAUGGAACUUUGCCACGUUGUGAAGCCGCGAGACUGGUUUUGCAUUCAGAAGCUGCUGGUCAUGGAAUAUUUUUAGUUCGACAAAGUGAAACGCGCAAAGGAGAAUUCGUUCUGACAUUUAACUUUCAGGGGAGAGCAAAACAUUUAAGAAUGACUUUAAGUGACACCGGUCAAUGUCGUGUUCAACAUUUGUGGUUUCCUAGUAUUUCAGAAAUGUUAGAGCAUUUUAGAAAAAACCCAAUACCAUUAGAGUCUGGAGGUUCAGCUGACGUUACAUUAACACAGUUUGUCAUUAACCAAAACGAAGGUUGCAAUUCUCAACAACAGAAUUCGUCAGCAAGACAUAUAAGAUAGCCAAAAUUCUGUUGUCAGUUAAACAUUAACAAUAGCUUGGUGUUUUAUUAUUUUUAGUAUUAUCGUUAUUAUAAUUCUAAUUUUUAAUGUUAUAAUAUUUUAUUUUUAUUUUAUUGUUAAUAAAACUUUUAUAUUUAUUACUAUA